CUUCCAGCAUCUCGAGUUACGUUCUGAGAAUAAGCUUCUUGGACAGUCUUGUGAUAUUGCGAGAUACUUCUAGUCUCAACAGCAAGAGAUCUCUUAUUCCUACAGAGGAUUACAGCACCAUUUAUCAGCAUUAAAGAAUGAACAGGGCUGUGAUAAGUUCUGUGGGCCUCCUUAUCCUUCAGUUUAUAUCGCUCACUGCAGCUACACCAUGUGACUUAAGAUGCACAGCAAAACUAGGACAGGGAACUUGUCAAAGCAAUGGACGCUGCCUUUGUUGGUGGGGAUGGACUGGACCUAAUGCAAAAUACAUAUUAUCUGGAUUCCACCAAAAUCGAAUAUUGGCUGACUAUUGUACCAGGUCAUGUCACUACACUCACCACUAUAGGAAUAUAGCUUGUGCAAAGAUCCCCUCCCCCCCUCGGCCCAAACAAACUUCCACGGCAAAUCCAUCAACACCAUUAACUACAGGGAACCCAAGCACAGGGAAACCAAGUACAGGAAGCACAACCAAAGCUCCACCUUCUGUGUCAUGUGACCCCAAAUGCACAGCCAUACCAGGACAAGGAACUUGUCAAAGUGAUGGAAAAUGUCUUUGUUGGUGGGGAUGGACUGGGCCAAAUGCAAAAUACAUAUUAUCUGGACUGCGCCAAAAUCAAAUACUGGCUGACUAUUGUACAAGGCCAUGUCAUUACACUCACCACUAUAGGAAUAUAGCAUGUGCAAAGAUCCCCUCCCCCCCUCGGCCCAAACAAACUUCUACAGCAAAUCCAUCAAUGCCUCCGACUACAGGAAACCCAAGCACAGGGAAACCAAGUACAGGAAGGACAACCAAAGCUCCACCUUCUGCAUCAUGUGACCCCAAAUGCACAGCCACACCAGGACAAGGAACUUGUCAAAGUGAUGGAAAAUGUCUUUGUUGGUGGGGAUGGACUGGGCCUAAUGCGCAAUACAUCUUAUCAGGAACUCUUAAAAACAGAAUUAUGGCCGAUUAUUGUACAGAAGCUUGUCAUUACACUCAUGACUAUUUAAAUGCAUCAUGUGCCACGAUCCCUACCCCUAAGGUGUGCAGUUUACCUGGUAACACAACUGACCCACCCAUCCCUUGUGAUCCCCUGUGUGGCACAGGGACAUACCACAGUGCUGGGAGGUGUCUUUCAAAUGGCCGUUGUCUGUGCUGGUGGGGUUGGACAGGUUCAAAUGCCUGCUACAUUGAUGGAGGUCCUUAUAACAACAGGAUCAUAGCUGACAGAUGUACCAAAGCUUGUCACUACACUCAUGACCAUAGAAAUAUCAAUUGUACCAAGUACAAUUCAACAAACCCCUCAGUACAACCUCCAGUUACAAGAAAACCAAGCACAGGGGGAAGAACAACUGGAGUACCAACCACAACAACUUAUCCUCAAUCAUCAACAGAAAAACUGACAACUGCAACAUCACCAGCAGCAUCAUCAAAAACCCAGUCAACUACACCAAAAGACACCACCACAAAUCCCACAACAGCCCAUAUUACAACAAAAGCCCCAACUACCAAACAAAAGACCACAACAGCAAAAGCAACCACCACUCAAAAAGCAGUGACCACUGCAGCAGAGACAACAACAACAGUGGCACCAACUUCGAAGCAAGUAACCACAACUCUUCCCUCCACCACAGCUAAGGACACUACCACUCAAGCUGCUGUGUCUACCACAGCAAAGACAACAACUCCUGCACCAACUACCAAACAGAAGACUACAACACAAAGGGCAAAAACCACUUCAGCAAAACAAACUACUACCCAAGCGACAACAACAACAGCAAGCACCACCAUGCAAACAACAAAACAGAAGACCACAACUACUGCAUCAACUACAGCAGCAACAACCACACAAGUUCCUACAACAACUGAAGAACCAACAGAGCCAACUGAACCUACAGAACCAACAGAACCUACAGAACCAGGUGUAUUACAGGUCAGAGGAUGGGCUCUACAGGACCUUCAAAGUCAGAAUGAUAAUGCUGAUAAUGUUGAUGUCAUUGGAGAGGCUGAUGCUGUGAAAGACAAAGAUGAAGGUGAUGGCAAGAAAUCCAGUCGUGCUGGGAUGGUUGGUGCUGUGAUGGUGCUACUUCUCUCUUUAGUGGUCUUUGGUGCAGCUGUGUGGUGGUCUUUUGGCCGAGGUGGUCAGUGUCCGGGCAUUCUGAAAGGUUAUGAACAACUGGCAGACCAUGAUAAAGCCUAUCUGAUGAACGAGUUUUCAACUUCAACGGAGAUUCCAUGACCAUCAUUAUCAUUAAUGUAGAGGGUCUUUUCUGGGACUAUGUCAGAGAGCGGAUGAUUAUGUUAGAAUAGGACCUGUCCAGUGUUCUGAUGAGAACUUCAUUACCACACCUUUGAUUAAGAUAUUAAUGUGGUGCAACAUUUUUGCAUGUUAUCAGUGGAUCACUGUUUUGUACAGAGGUGACUGUUAUCCUUACCUUUGGCAAUUUAAGCUACUUACAUUUUUACAUAUUAAUCCUUUACAUCCUAAUAUCAUUAUGCAUAUUCUCCAUACUGUUCUCAGUAAGGAGCUGAUAAGGAGAAUUUGUUUAACAACCAAAAGCAUCUUAAGCUGGUGAUCAUUGUCCUUAUUCUCAUGACCUUAAUGUGUGAUUCAGAGGUGAUAUUGUAAGGAGAAAUUAGAUGCUAGUAACUUUUAGGGGAAAGGAUUAAUUGUAAAAUUGUCUGCUUGCAGUUGAUAUAUAGUUAGGUGAAAGACAGGUAUAUAGUUUGCAAUUCACAUUUACUACACAGCAUCAGUGACCUAUACUUGGCUCUGUCAUCACCCACAAGCUACAGCUUGGAAAAAAAUAUAAAUGGCAGUAACAGCUUGUAUUACUCAGACACUCCACAGAAAACCCAAGCCUAAACUUAGGGGUUGACACAGGUACAAAUCACCAAAAAGACUCUAGAGCACAUGCCUUAGUGCAAGUUUAAAUUUUAAUUUUUGCAAGCAAUAGAAUUAAGAGAGAGAGAGAACCUUAAAAAGUAAUUAAAAUUGUUGUGGUCCAAAAGCUGCUGUGAGUCAGGGAGUACUUGAUAGAUGUAGCAUUUUUUUAGUCCCAACUUGAAGAGUCUAUUACAUAUUACCUAUGUAACUAUGAAGCAUUUUUGAAAAAAAUUUUCCAACAAAUGAUUAAAGGCUAUUUGUAAUUGC